AUGGAGGUGAAGGGAACAAACCCUCUCGUCCACUGGGAGAUUCUGGGAGAGCAAGCCGAGGGGAUACCAAGAUACCCACCCAAGCCCGCUGCCUCUCACCAGGGGCAACGUCAGACUGAGACAGAGUCCAGCCCCUCUCCAGGAGGCUGGUUCCAGAGCCCAGGCCAUGCGUUGAGCUCAGGCUCCUUCCCCACCAGAGAGGUGACAUUCCAUGUCCCAAUUGCCAAUCUUGGCGGAGGUCCUAAUUACCGGGAGCAGAGUCACAAAGUGGUUCCUGUAGAAGAAGCAGUCAGUGACCUGAAGGAGCAGCUGAAAUCUGACUUAAAGUCUCUGCAGGACAAGAGGAACAAAUACAAACAAGUGGAGGAAACAUACAAUGAAAUGAGGGAACACAUGAAGAAGCAGCUGUUGUUCACAGAGAGGCAGAUCAGAGCAGAGUUCAACAAGCUCCACCAGAUCCUGAAAGAGGAAGAGGAGUCCAGACUGGCAGCUCUGAGGGAGGAAGAGGAGCAGAAGGGGAGGACUAUCAGCAGAGAGAUGAAGAUGAUUGAGGAGCAGAUCUCCUCUCUGUCAGACAGCAUCUGUGCUGUUGAAGAAGAGCUGCAGAAACACUGCGUGCCAUUCCUCAGCAGUUACAAAGACACUCAGAGCAGAGCCAGAGCCCAGAGCUCAGUGUCAGAUCCACAGCUGGUCUCAGGAGCACUGAUAGAUGUGGCCAAACACCUGGGCAACCUGUCCUUCAGAGUGUGGGAGAAGAUGAAGGAGAAGGUCCACUUCAGUCCUGUCAUUCUGGACCCAAACACUGCACACCCCCGUCUCUAUCUGUCUGAUGAUCUGACCAGUGUGAGACGUGGAGACACAAAGCAGCAGCUUCCUGAUAAUCCAGAGAGAAACACUUAUUCUGCCACUGUUUUUGGCUCUGAGGGCUUCAGCUCAGGGAAACACAGCUGGGUGGUGGAGAUGGGAGACCAUCCUGAGUGGAAUACUGUGACAGUGAAGAAGAGUCUCCAGAGGAUCAGAGUCCAGCUGGACUAUGACAGGGGGGAGGUGUCCUUCUAUGACCCUGAAGACAUGACUCACAUCUACACUCACAGAGACACUUUCACUGAGAAACUCUUCCCAUAUUUCAGUGUUGGAGAGGCAGGAGACGCCAAAACCUCUGAUAUCAGAAUCUGUCAGACUGAGAUUUGA